AAGAUUAGGGAUAGAGAGCGGUUGAGGAGUUGAAAAGCAGUGAGGUUUGUGGUUGUACCAGUUGCAGAAGAGAGAGCAAAGAUGCCGUGCUUGAACCUUUCCACCAACGUCAGCCUGGACGGCGUGGACACCUCCUCGAUCCUCUCGGAGGCAACCACCACCGUCGCCAAGAUCAUCGGCAAGCCGGAGUCCUACGUGAUGGUUGUGUUGAAGGGAUCAGUGCCCAUGGCAUUUGGGGGAACUGAGCAGCCAGCAGCCUAUGGUGAGUUGGUAUCCAUUGGUGGUCUUAACCCUGAUGUGAACAAGAAGCUGAGUGCUGCGAUUGCUGCAAUUCUAGAAACCAAGCUUUCAGUGCCCAAGUCACGAUACUUCCUCAAGUUCUAUGACACUAAGGGUUCCAACUUUGGAUGGAACGGAUCCACCUUCUGAGCUCCUCACCUUGAUGCUGUGUGAUCAUAUCUGUAUGGUGGAUUGGAACAAAAAAAACUUUGUAAUGCUUGGCAUAGAUAGGGUACCAUGUCGUUUUAUCUAUGUAAUCGCGAGAUUAUAACUCUAAAUGCCUACUAAAAUGGCCUGGAACAUCAUGUUUGCUCGGCCCCUUGCUGGUUUUGUGAUGAAUAUUAUGGUAAUGCAUGAUUCAGCUUUGGUUGUAAAAUCAUCCCAUGUUGGUUCUUAGCUGUUUGCAGUCCAUCUAAACGUUUGA